AUGCAUCCUGAGGAGGUCAUGGCGCGCGUUGGUCACAGUGACCAUUACCUGCCCAACUCGGAGAUCGAGUUCAUGGGGGCAAUCCUCAUCGAAUUGUUCCGUACUGAUGGGGUAGCAAAGCAUCGUUAUCAUCGGUUGGUUCGCUGCUGUCCGAAGACUGGAAAGUUCGUUGAGCCUCUUAUUGUUCGAAUGACGACCAGCCGUGAGCUAGAUAGUUUUGGAAGGCUCGUUAAGACUUCCCACUUUAUGGAGAACGUUGAUGUCUCAGAGUACAACAAGGCGCUCAGGGAAAAACCGGAGAUCUGCCGUCCUUUCCUGUCUGAGAUAGGAGACAUGAGAACGGGAGAGGAGCUUCUGUCGGAUUCGAACAGAGACUGUCUGUUUAACGAAUGCUUUGAGUCCUGGACGAAGAGCGAACAAGUCGUCUCUCCUCGUUGCCUCUUCGCUUUUGAUCUUCUCACCCAGGGAGUGAACAACCUCUUCAAGUUCUCGGAACUCCUGCGGAGGAAGAUUGCUCCGCUCAAGGCUGCUCUGCAGAGGAUGGAGAGCUCGAUAUGCAGCACGAAGAGUGAGGAGCCAUGGCAUGCCUCGCCCCUGGUCGACUCGCCGACUCUGGCGGACGACACGCACUUUUGUGACGAUCCUUUCUCAAGUCAUUUCUAA